AUAUCACGUGACAAUCACAUGGACACAGCUUCCAUCUCUCCCACAAACUACCCAUAAAUCUCGCCCGGUGUGUUCAUUGACCAUUUACCGACGCAAUGGGAACCUUCGACGCCGGCUCCUCCUUCCUCGCCGACAAGGCCGCACCGAUCUUCGUCGCCGGCCACCAAGGCCUCGUCGGCUCCGCCAUCACCCGCCGCCUCCACGCUCUCGGCUUCACCAACCUUCUCCUCGCUCCCCACUCCACCCUCGAUCUCACCCGCCAGGCCGAUGUCGAGGCCUUCUUCUCCGUCCACCGUCCCCAUUUCGUCUUCCUCGCUGCCGCCAAGGUCGGCGGCAUUCUCGCCAACUCCACCUACCCCGCCGAUUUCAUCGCUGUUAAUCUUCUCAUCCAGACCAAUGUCAUCCUCUCCGCCCACAAAUUUGGUACCAAGAAGCUCCUUUUCCUCGGAUCCUCCUGCAUCUACCCCAAGUUCGCACCGCAACCCAUCCCUGAAUCCGCGCUGCUCACCGCCCCUCUUGAGCCGACGAAUGAAUGGUACGCUGUUGCUAAGAUCGCCGGGAUCAAGACUUGCCAAGCUUUUCGAUUGCAGCAUGGAUUUGAUGCUAUCUCUGCAAUGCCAACCAAUUUGUAUGGUCCUCGAGAUAACUUCCAUCCUGAUAAUUCCCAUGUUUUGCCUGCUCUGAUAAGGAGAUUCCAUGAGGCCAAGGUUGUUCAGGCGAAGGAGGUGGUGGUUUGGGGGUCGGGGUCACCGUUGAGGGAGUUCCUUCAUGUUGAUGAUCUCGCCGAUGCGGUGGUGUUCUUGAUGGAGAAUUAUUCAGGAUUGGAGCAUGUCAAUGUGGGGAGUGGAAAGGAGGUGAGCAUUAAAGAGUUGGCAGAGAUGGUGAAGGAGGUGGUGGGGUUUGAAGGGGAGCUUGUUUGGGAUAGAAGCAAGCCCGAUGGGACUCCGAGGAAGCUGAUGGAUAGCUCGAAGCUGGCCGGGAUGGGUUGGGAGCCAAAGAUCAGUCUUCGGGAAGGGCUCGAGGAAACUUACAUGUGGUAUGUGGAGAAUAUGGUAAAGCAGCAACCUUGAGGAGAUUUCAGCUGCUGGAAAAGAUAAUGAAAUUUUAGAAGCUUACUUGCAACUACUAUAUGGAGAAUGUGAUGGGGCAGCAUAUUGAACAGAUCUCAAAUGGUGGUAAUUUGCAUUGCCAUUAAUUAUUCUCUCAUUGCUUCAACGCCGUUGGUUUUUGUUGUACAAUUUUUCAGAAUUGAUUGUGUCUGUCAUUUCUAAAGGCAUUUGCCAUUGUUAAACUAUUUGAUAUUAUUUAUAGAAUAAUGGUUGGUUGAAAGAUUUAUAUGA